AUGAAAUCAAUGAAGCCCAAUAUCCCGCCUUUAAAUAUCGCCAAGUCGAAUGCAAAUAUACCAGACGACGACAACAACUGCCUGACCAAUCGUUUUUACUUGAACCACCAAUCUGAGAUCAGUCCGCCAUUAACGCCGCAAACGCAUAUUAUGGAAGAAUCUGAGUCCUCCGAGCCCCCGAGGGCUGUAUUUCACAACUACCUCCGAGCUUUUUAUCCUUUUCACCCGGCUGGAAAUGUUUCUCCUUCGACUGUUACUCUUCCGCUGGACCAGGGAGACAUCAUCCUGGUUCAUUCCGUUCACACCAAUGGCUGGGCCGAUGGUACCUUGUUAGAUUCUGGACACCGAGGCUGGCUACCCACGAAUUAUUGCGAAGCAUACGACCAAUUACCCAUGCGUCCUUUGUUGAAAGCGUUGACCGAUUUUUGGGACAUUAUAAGAGGUGGAUGUGGAUCAUCAUUAAAGGAUUUUGGGAAUCAAGACCUGAUGCGAGGUCCAAUUGCCGGUGUUCGGUUUCUUCUGGAGAAGGCAGAAUGCUUGACAAGGGAAGCGCCUCUGGUUAAGAACUAUGAAGGCCUGCGGAGGAUCCGAAAGGCACUUUUAUCUGAUCUGUCAUCGCUUGUAAAGACAGCUAAACGGUUUCAAGAAGUCGCUAAUGGCAGUCCGGCUGAUGAUGAGGUGGAGGCUAUCUUGGAUGAGAUGCUUCUUAAAGCAUUUAAGAUCGUGACCCGCGGAGUUCGUUUUCUUGAUGUGUGGAACGAGGAGGUGGGCUUGAGCCGGACAAUCGCCGAGUUGGAGUCUGCAGGCGAUAGUCUGACUCAGUUUGAUAUGCCGCCCACACCUGCUUCGGAGACCUUCACUGUGGAGAGUGGUCCGAUGUCUGAUGCAAACACCGAACGGAACGAGUCUCGACAGAUGAGCCGCAGUCGGAUGGGUGUCAGUCGGGCAUCGGUGAGAACCGAAAUGCUCGAUCAUCCAUCUCGACCUGUCUCCGUGUCUACUAAACGUAUGUCCAUUUCACAUAGAGUGUCAUACUCUGGGGCCUCGGCUGCCAUGCGUUCACAGAACCUCGCAUCAGAGAGACUGGGAACAACAUACGAUGCCUUCCUGGGCGUACUUGGAUCUUUCAUCGGCCUGCACAUGCAAUCGCGAUCAUCCACCGAGUUGGUCGUGACUACUCAACAAGCCGUGCAAUCUUGCCGGUCUUUGUUAGAUGUCGUGGAUGCUGUCUGCGAGCAUGAUACCCAGCACAGUGCUUAUCUUGAUGAGGCUCGCGAGUCGAUGUACGAGCGGUUAUCGGAGCUGGUUCACGCUGCUCGCGCUGUGUUCCGCCCUGGCAGCUCGCAAGAUGAUGACUUGGUGAUGAUGCCAGACCAGGGCAAGCGCCUGGUAGACGCUGCUACAGACUGCGUGCGAGCUGCUGGCAAUUGUCUAGCCAAGUCUCGUAUGGUGCUUGAGCAGAUUGGAGAUGUUGAGCUCGAGCCCCUCAGUAAAAAGUUGGAGGGAAGUGAUGUGCCUGGGAUUGUCAACUCACAGGCCGACACUCCAGGUGAGGAAAAGCUGCAGGAUCUUUCCUUGCGACUUCCCCCACCUCCAAUCACAAUUCCAGACUCAACCCCAUCAACCCCUGCCCUCACCGAUUCAACAACUCCAUCUUCUUUCCAAUCCCAUCUGGCCUCUUCUUUCAACUCCGCCCAACCUACCGAACAAAUGUCUUUCUCUUCAUACGAUAGCAGUUACCGUGAAAGUCACCCCAAGUCCGAUGUAAGUGAAUCCUUCGGUCGAGGUGUCACAAGUAUGGGUAGCAGCUUCACCUAUGUCAGCCACGCCCGUGACUCCGAGAUGAGCGGUCUGUCACAGGCUUCGACUCGUGCCGCUUCGCCCGACAUCAGUGGCAGCUUCCCAGGACCGUCACUGAAGGAGAGUGUCAGCCACUCAACAUUGGCCGAGGAGCAUGAGGAAACGGAAGCCCAUCUCCUGGAGAAGACCUACGCACAUGAACUUAUCUACAAGGAAGGUCAAGUUAUGGGCGGCAGUCUUCGCGCUUUGAUCGAGAAACUUACAGCCCACCAAUCGACCCCCGAUGCUAUGUUUGUGUCAACAUUUUACCUCACAUUCCGUCUCUUCGCCACGCCCCUGGAGUUCGCCGAAGCUCUCGCUGAGCGAUUCGAAUACAUUGGAGAUACUCCACACGCGGCCGGCCCAGUUCGUCUGCGUGUUUACAAUGUCUUCAAGGGCUGGCUCGAGUCUCACUGGCGCCAUGACCGUGACAACACUGCUUUGGAAUUCAUCAUCGAUUUCGCCAAGAACCGUCUGACGGCCGACCUGCCGACUGCCGGCAAGCGUCUUCUAGACUUGACUGAUAAGGUGUCCGCAGUUCACGGUCCCGUCGUUCCUCGUCUGGUGUCCUCUAUGGGCAAGACUAACACGUCUAUUGCCCAAUACGUCCACCCGGAUACUCCUCUUCCUCCCCCAGUCCUGGGAAAGAAGGAGAUCAACUUGUUGAAGCAGUGGAAGACUGGCGAGGCCACAAUUACUAUCCUGGACUUUGACCCGUUGGAGUUGGCCCGGCAGUUGACUAUCAAGGAGUCUCGCAUCUUCUGCUCCAUCCUUCCCGAGGAGCUCCUCGACACGGAGUGGACCCGAAAGUCAGGAUCUCUUGCAGUCAACGUUCGUGCCAUGUCAACUCUCUCGACUGACCUCGCUCACUUGGUGGCCGACUCCAUCCUCUACCUCGAGGAGCCCAAAAAGCGUGCUGCCACCAUCAAGCACUGGGUCAAGAUUGCCAACAAGUGUCUCGAGCUUAACAACUAUGAUUCUCUCAUGGCUAUCAUCUGCUCGUUGAACCUGUCGAUGAUCUCGCGACUGAAGCGUACAUGGGACAUCGUGUCCCAGAAGACCAAGACUACUCUGGAGAACCUGCGCGCUAUUGUUGAUGUUUCUCGAAACUACGUGGUGCUCCGCCAGCGUCUCCAGAACCACGUCCCGCCGUGUCUGCCUUUCGUCGGAACCUACCUUACUGAUCUUACCUUCGUUGAUCACGGCAAUCAGUCUAUCCGUUCCCUGCCGACGGAUUGCGGCGCAAGACACGUGAUCAAUUUUGACAAGCACAUGAAGACCGCCCGGAUCAUCAGCGAACUCCAGCGUUUCCAGAUUCCCUACCGUCUCACUGAAGUCCCCGAGCUGCAGACCUGGAUGCAGAACGAGCUUGUACGCGUUCGCUCCAAUGGCGAAACAACUGCGCAAACCUUCUAUCGUCGCUCCCUGGUUCUCGAACCUCGAGACUCGGCGCGCCAUGCUGCCAACUUGGCAGUCCAAUCUCAAUCGCAGCCUCCAUCCCAACCUACAUCUCAACCUCAAACACCCUCCGAACCUAAUAUUUCCAGCAUGGAGAACGCCAAGGACAAGUUUGACUUGUUCGCCUGGACACACCCCUCUAAGCCAAAGCCCGUCGCGACGAAUGGCUAA